UGCGGAGGAAGUAGAGGAAAAAGAAAAAAAAAAAAAAAUGAAGGUUAAGUGUAUUUUCUUGGUUUAGUGCGACGUGUUCUUGUUCACUCAUCCCGAAGAACGCCAGAGAGAAGUGGAUUGUGAUUGGGUUGUGAUUUCCAGCUCGUAAUAGUGCAUAAGCAUGAGGUGGAGUUUACCCCUAGCACUCAUCCUAAUAUGUGGGGUUCUGGCCCAUGCCCUCCCUGUGAAGGAGAAGAAGGAAGAACACAAGAAAGAGGAGGAGAAAAAAGAAGCUGAAGAACAUGGGGAGGAAUGGGAGCUCAACUUGGAGUACGGUCGAUACCUUAAGGAGGUGGUGCAAGCUCUUGAGAGUGACCCCUCCUUCAGGAAGAAAUUAGAGACCGCUGAAGUGGAUGACAUUAAGUCUGGUAAGAUUGCCAGGGAACUCCACUUUGUCGACCACAAUGUGCGCACAAAGCUAGAUGAGUUGAAGCGUAGAGAGCUAGAGCGUCUUCGUCACCUGGCCAUCAAGAUGAAAUCCAGGGAACAUGAAAAAGAAACCGGCGUGGACCGUAACAUGCUGAAGAUUCCUGUCCACAUUGACCACCGAAAUCCAACACGGUUUGAAGUUGAGGACUUGAAGAAACUCAUUAUCAAGACCACAGCAGACUUGGAGAAGGUAGAUCAGCAGAGGCGAGAGGAAUUCAAGAAAUAUGAGAUGGAGAAAGAAUUUGAGAGGAAGCAGGAACUAGAGGGCAUGGAUGAUGAACACCGCAAGCAAGCAGAAGAGAAACACACUGAGGAAAUGAAAAAACACGGAGAACACGAAAAACUGCACCACCCUGCCUCAAAACAGCAGCUGGAAGAGGUCUGGGAAGAGCAAGACCACAUGCGGCGGGAAGACUUCGACCCCAAGACUUUCUUCCACCUGCAUGACUUGGAUGGCAAUGGUUACUGGGAUGAGAUGGAGGUGAAGGCCCUCUUCAAGAAGGAACUUGAUAAGAUGUACGAUCCCAAUGCCCCCGAGGAUGACAUCAAUGAGCGCUAUGAAGAGAUGGAGAGGAUGCGUGAACACGUUUUCAGGGAGUCUGAUAUUAAUAGGGAUAAUUUGAUCAGCUUUGAGGAAUUUGUGGAGCAGACGAGAAAAGCAGAAUUUGAGCAGGAUGGAGGCUGGCAAGGCCUGGAUGAGCAGGAGAUGUAUUCCCAGCAGGAGUACGAAGAAUUUGAGCGGCGGAGGCAAGAGGAGAUCAGGCAGCUAGUCGAGUCAGGCGUUAUCCCACCCCCCCCUGGCUACCAUGGGAUGCCACCACCCCAGCCAGCCAUGUACCAGGGUGGUCCACAUCCAGGAAUGCACCCUGCGGCACAGGGUAUCCCGCCCCCACAGGCUGUGCCACAGUACGGUGUACCUCCCCAGGUACACCCCAAUGCUGUUCCUCAGGGGUAUCAGGCUAUUCCUCAGGGGUAUCAGGCUGUCCCACAGGGGUAUCAGGCUGUCCCACAAGGGUAUCAGGCUGUUCCCUCAGGGUAUCAAGCAGCUCCGCAGGGGCAGGUUCCUCCCCAGCAGGUGCAAUAUAUUCCUCAUGGGGCACCUUAUCAGGCACCAGCACAGCCACAAGCACAGCAACCAGUCUUAAGUCAACCUCAAGUGCAGCAGCCAGUGCAAGGUCAGCCUCAGUUACAGCAACCCAAUCAAAUUCCAGCUCAACAACCCAUACAAGGUCAACCCCAGAUGCAGCAACCCAUUCAGGGUCAGCCCCAGGUGCAGCAACCCAUUCAGGGUCAACCCCAGGUGCAGCAACCCAUUCAAGGCCAACCUCAAGCUCAGCAACCCAUUCAGGGUCAGCCUCAAGUUCAGCAACCCAUGCAGGGUCAGCUUCAGGCACAGCAACCUGUUCAAGGCCAACCUCAAGUUCAGCAGCCAAUCCAAGGUCAGGCACAGGUUCAGCAACCACUUCAAGGCCAGCAAGCACAACCUGUUGCUGGUCAACCACCCAAUCAUCAACCCAUUCAGCCUGUAGCAGCUCAGCCUGCUGCAGGGCGAUAAGAUCUUCCAAUUGAGACACAGCAGGCUUAAGGUUCUACCAUACACAAUUACUUGCGGAGAAUUAUAUCUUCAGGUGAAUGGAUGUGAUCAACAUUUUUAUUAAGUUGUUAUCAAACUCAGAAUGAAACUGGAUCUGAAUUGAAAGAAGUGGAUGGCGUAUGCAGGUUCAAAUUUGAUAGAUGUUGUGAUAUUCAAUUUAAUGAUUUUGCAUCAGGUGGCUAUUAGAAGAGAGAAGUCAAUGGUCUCGAACAAAGUGUGGCUGAUCAAUUGUCUUCUCUUGAUUUUAGUUUGAGAUUUUCCUUUAACAUUCACCUUUGUUGAGUUCUUACUGUAUAAUUGUUAAUGUUUAAACCUUUGAGGAUCUGAUCUUCUGUUAGAACAGAGUAGAGUAAACUUGAAUGAUAUAUAUAAACAAAUUAUUCACCUGGUGCUGAGAUUAUUUUUAACACCUUUAGAAGAUAUUUAAGUGAUGUUUGUGAAUCUGGUAAUGAUUCUUUUUUAAUUUUUUUAAAACACAAAAUAAAUAUUCAAUUUGUUGCUCAGUUUUUUUUUUUCUGUAUAUCUGAUAAACUUUUAAAGGCCACAAAAUCAGGAUUUAAAUACAUCCCACCUUUUUAGCAUAUUGGUUCCACAUAUUUUUAGGUGGGAAAAUGUGUGAAUAGCACACACGCACACCAAUACACAAACACUCUCACUCUUACACUCGCACUCAGUCACACUCACAGUCACACACUCACUCAUACAUAGACUCACUUACACAUAAAUGGGUCAGUAGCUAUCAGCGAUAUGAUUGGUGAUGGCCCAUUUUUAUUCUGAAAGAAAUAUGAUGUGAAGUCUGUUUAAUUGGCAAGUAGCUAUCUGAAUUUGUCAUCUGAUAAUUCAGUUUGUAUGGUUGUGGAUUUUUCAGUUUGUUUUAAACUUAAUAUAAUGUUAGAUAACUAUAAAGCUUCUAUUUUAUCUUGGUAAACAAGUUUUGAUCAUACUUUAAAAAAAAUAAUUGUUUAGCUUUUUAUUUUAUUUUGUUUCGAAUCUCAAACAGUGCUAUAUAGUGUUUUUUUAUACACAUGUACUCAAGGUUUGGUUGACAGAGCAAGUUUUAUUAUUAUUUUUUUUUUUACGGUUGCUCUAUGGAUGUGAGGAAAUUAAGCUUUUUUCCUUGAACUAAACUUGAACUGGUUGCUUGGUAAAAGGUGUCUGUUUGGUUUUAGGAUACAUUAGAAAAAGACAUUUGUGAAUGAAGACAAAGAUUCAAAGGCAUUAAUGACGUUUUUACUAUUAGAGUGCAAUAUCUUUUAAAAUAGAUGUAUGUUUUUUUUUUCUUAACUUUGUUUUUUUUCUGCCUGUGUUUUCCAAUAUUAGACAAUGUGCUGACUAUCCCAUCUUUACCCAAACCUGAUGCCCAAAACUGACUUCAAAAGAAUUCAUUUAGGUAACACAGAUCAGCAAGGAAUGUUGUGACUAAAUUGAUUUUUUUUUUUUUUUUUUUUUUUUUUUUUGGUAAUUUUAUAGUUUUGACAGUGGAAUUUUGAGGUUGUACUGUACUUGGAAUGCAGAAAUGUUUAAAACUGGAAUGAUGAUUAUUUAUCAGUUGAUGUUGAAUUUUUAGGAUUAUAAACUAUUGGUAGUUUGGCUUACAAAAGAUGUUCUGUGUAUGGUAUAAAUGUUUAUAUUGGGAUGUUUAUAAGCUAAUACUGAUGUGAUAUAUGGAACAAAUAAAAGCUCAUUUUAUAGCAA